CACAACCACAACACGCAACCAAAAUCACAGCACACAACCCAAGGACCCACAAGCAAAGUUGAGAACCACGAGACUCACGACCAUGGCAACAUGCUCCUCACCAUGGCAUGAAAAAUUAUUGACGUGUCAUGGAGGGAUCACUCGAAGUAGAGUAAUUAUGAGUAAUUUGCUUGUUGCUUCACCAUGGUACAAGCAGUCCAAUUUAGACGAUUGAGUGAAUCUGGAGAGCGCCUAGGACCUAGUUACCUAGUUGUAUGUCAAGACUGUCCAGACACGGGUCUAAAUCAUUGUUGAAGGUGUCUGUUCUUUUUGGUGCAGGCGAGCAGCGGGAAGUACAGCAACACAUCGACUCCUCUAAAAUGGACAACAUCAAUCAAUAGGGUCAAAGCUCUGAGUAAUCCAAAAGUUUGACACCAGGACACAUUUCAUUCAUUCAGACCACAUAGCUACUGAUCAUGCAGUCUUUCUCUGGACUAGUCCAGACCUGACUAUUGAUGAACAAUUGGAGGAGUCCAGGCUGUCAGCGGUGCAAAUAAGUUUGCUCGGAAUGUUUGAGAAACACAGCUAGCAUUCCAGAAGGAAGUGCAGCUGCACACUUUUGCAAAUGACCAGAUGGCUUCUGGGAGGAUUCAAUUGCAUCGAACCCGUACUUGUCAGACAAGUACCAAAUGCUCAAUUACGCCAGGAAAAUGACUCCUGAGGAAAUAGAAAUGAUGCGCAACACAUCCCUUGGCACCAGAGUGGUGGAAGGAUGCACAAUGCGAGCGGCAUUGAGCGGGGUUGGUGGAGCUGGCUUAGGUUUGCUAAUGGGCGGCUUCAUGCACGCUAUGCAGCCACCGCCAGACAUUGACACGUCCCUUUCCACCAUGGAGCAGAUCCGGCAGUCAUACAAAGGUUUUGGUCAAGCUUGCGUACGGAUGUCGCGGAACUUUGCAAAGGUGGGUGUUGUCUAUGCGGGAUUGGAAUGCUAUCUUGAACGCGAGCGAGCAGCACGUGACUUGCCAAAUGCCAUCCUCUCAGGCUGUGCUGCUGGAGGAGUUCUUGCAUUUCAGGGUGGCCCAUCUGGCAUGGCUUUGGGAUGCCUUGGCUUUGCAGCAUUUUCAGCAGUCAUAGAGAGCGUCAUGGACCACUGAAGUGCAUCCUUCAACGAAGCUAUGCUCGUUCAACGAAUUUGUAGAAAAACUUUGCAAACGGAUUUGUGCAAA